AUGAUGAAUCGUUUUGGUGAUAUUGAUGCUUCAUUUAAAAGACUUACACCUGUAUAUGGUUUUCGCAGCGCAAAAUGUGUUCCUAUCGAAAACGCCCUAGAAUCAAUUGUGUCUCAAAUCGAUGAACUACCAUACUAUAUAAAAACAGCUAAAAAAUAUUGUCAUUUUCCAUCCGAGCAUGGAUUAACACGUGAUGAAUCGGCUGCUAUCUACAUUUAUACAAUGGAAUGGGGUGAUACUGCAUUGUAUCGUGUAUUGAACCAAGCAUUACGAUCAGAAAAUCGUCAAGCAUUAAAAAUAUGGUUUCCAUAUUUGAGAUUAUUCGAUGAGGCACUACGCAAGUUGCCAACUGUCAAAGAAGUACUAUGGAGAGGAAUUUCUCUUGAUAUUGGUAGGAGUUUUGUUAGAAACCAAAUAGUGACAUGGUGGAGUGUUAAUUCGUGUUCGUCGUCGGUCAACGUCAUUAAAAAUUUUAUUGGAAAAGAAAAAAAUUCAACUCUUUUUCUUAUUGAGGCUGUAAACGGUAGGAAAGUCUCCGGAUAUACCGAAUUUGAGAACGAAGAAGAAAUAGUCUUACCAAUGGGUUCACAAUUUCGAGUGAAGAGCGAUCCUUUGGAACAAUCGAAUGGCUCAUAUCUCGUACAUUUAAUAGAACUUGAUAAUGAAGAAAAUGAACUAUCAGCAACGGCUACUAACAAUAUAUUGCCAACGGUGACAGCAUCAUAUGAAAACAGCUCAUUCACACCAGCUCGUGGGACAGAUGUUGCUCUCGCGCCAUCGGUUAAAUGGUCACUUGAGGGUACCACUGUGGCUGGUGGUCAUGGGAAAGGUAGAGAAUUAAAUCAACUCGACCAUCCACGUGGGUUGUAUGUGCACGAUGAUUUCACGAUUUAUGUGGCAGACGGUGACAAUCAGCGCAUUAUGGCUUGGCCACUCGGAGCCAGACAGGGUCAAGUUGUCGCCGGUGGAAAUGGGUGUGGAAAUGAAUUGCACCAAUUGCAUUAUCCCUCUGAUGUAGUUGUCGAUCGAUCUAGUGAUACUCUUGUCAUCUGCGACUGGAGGAAUCGACGUGUGGUUCGUUGGCCUCGUCAUGGAGGGAAAAGGGGAAAAAUUCUCGUCGACAAUAUCGACUGCUUCGGUUUGGCCAUGGACGAUCAUGGAUUUUUGUAUGUUACUGACUUCGUGAGACACGAGGUUCGACGCUUUCGAUCACAUGCUGACUCACAAGGAACUGUAGUAGCUGGUGGACAUGGGAUAGGAAACCGAAACGAUCAACUGAAUUGGCCGGCUCAUCUUUUUAUCGAUCGAGAUCACUCUUUGUAUAUUUCAGAUGACUAUAAUCACCGAGUGAUGAAAUGGUAA